AUGCGGGCUUACUUGCCGCAGCUCUCACGUAGACUGGCUGGAAAAUCACAUCCUCACCAGCCAAACCACAGGAAGGUGCUCCACGCCGGCGUUUCUUGCGGCGGGAGGAGGGCGAUGGCUUCACUGCCGGACCAGACCAACUGCGGCACAGACAGCCCUGCAGACCAGCGCAGUUACUUCUCCGCCUCCCGAGACAGGAAGGAAUUUGCUGUCCCUUCACUUGAGACUUUUGUGUUGACCACAACUGACAGAAUAGUGGUCGACACUGAUAAAUUUGGAAAGCUGAAGGAUAAAAGCACCGUCUACCUGCUGCAAAACAAGGACCAAUUCCUGCCAGCUUCAAUCAAGGAAGAGAUUGACUUUGUUCCUCACUACAACACACUGAUUAAGAGUGGAACAAAUGAAUACUUCACCGAGGGCCAGAAAUCACUGCCCUGCUCUCUUGCCGAGCUGGUGGACAACGCUCUUUCAGCAACAGCGAACAACACUGGAGUCAGGAUGAUAGAGAUAAAGCUGUUGUUUGACAAAACAUUUGGGAAACCUUCUAUCGCCGUCUCGGAUAACGGGUGCGGGAUGACCUCAAAGCAGCUCAAUAACUGGGCCGUGUACAGACUCUCCAAGUUCACGAGGGAAAACAGUACAUUUGAAAGUGAAAGAGAAGGAUAUGUUCAACCUGAACAUGUACCCCGGAGUCUCAACAGUGACAUAUCCUAUUUUGGAGUUGGAGGAAAACGAGCAGUUUUCCACAUGGGGAAUUCAGUCAGAAUGAUCAGCAAACCAAUGGGGUCUCCAGAUGUUCAUGAGCUAGUUCUAUCAAAUGAAGAAUUCCAGAAAAAGGAGCAGAACAAAGAGGAUGUUUACAGAGGGACCAUUCUAAACAGGAUGCCUGGUGACUUUUCACACAUAACAGAUGACGAGCACUUCCUUCGUAGCAUCAUCGCUGAGGAAACUGGGGAAAACGGCUUCUCUGUGGUUGUCAUCACAGGAAUCUCUAAUGAGCAUAUCAAGUACCUGAAAGAGGACUUUGACGAGUGGACCAGAGAGCUAGCUCACAUUUAUCAUUAUUACAUUCAUGGGGUCAAUGGAAACUGCAAAAAGAGCGUCUUUCAAAGAUCAGACGACCUCCCAAGAAUUGACAUUCUUGUAACUUUAUGUGCUUCCAAAAGCCCACUUCAGAUGAAUCUCAGAGAUGUGAAGGACGACAUGCAGACUCUAUUCAUUAAUGCAGCCAAAGACACAUUUGAGUUCAGGGCCGAAACUUCAGAGAAGGGCAUUGUGGAGGGCGUCCUUCGAUAUCAUCCGUUCCUCUAUGACAGGGAGACCUACCCUAAAGAUCCUUAUGUCAAGCCAGCGACUGUUGACAAUGAUGAUAAUGAUGAAAGGGAGGCUGGAGCCAUAGGUCAGGCAAGAGGGAGGAGGGACAUCUUUGAAUGUUUCUGGAAUGGACGGCUCAUCCCUUACACCACCAUUUCUGAGUUUGACUGGUGCCAAAAGAAAGGAUCAAAAGUACCCCCAGAGUGUUACAACCGCUUUUCUGGAGUGCUUUUCACUGAUGGCAAAUUUCUGGUCAAUGCAAACAAGCUGAAAUUCAUGAAACUGGAGAAGCAACUGAAGAGACAGGACACACAUUUUACCCUUGUUGAUCGUACACAGAAAAUGCCAAAAAGAUGUAACAUUCAAAAAGAAUUUACUCAAUGGCUUCAAAACUGUCAUGAGAAGUUUGAUAAAGAGGUGAAGUUUAUUGGGUACAGAGAUACAGUGACACGACCAGAAGUGGAACAUAAGAAAAAGCAACAUCCCUGGGCAGUGUUUUCCUCCAUCGAACUAGAUGGCAAAAGAUACGAUACAGGUCAAAUUGUGAAGUGUCAAAAGACACCACAAAUUCUUUAUGGAACCGUGGAGGAUUUUCUUCUGUAUGGAAAUUAUGAAGGAGAUGUGUUUGCCACAGGCGGAGAAGUGAAAAUCAAACGUGAGCCUAAAGAACUUUAUGAUGAGAAUCCCAAGGUCAUACCCAUUACUAAGAUUGACAGGACUGCCACAGAUGACAGCAUCAAAAAGCACAUCGAGAAUGAAAGAAAGAAGCUGCCAGAACACCUAAAUGUUGACUGGCCAGAGGGCAAUCCUUUGCCUGAAAAUGCUGUUUUGCUUGCUGGGACUCCUUUAGGUCCUCUUCAAGUUGAAAUUCUAAACAGUGACAAAGUCUCCAUUUCAUCAAGGAUAAGUACAGGGGGCCAGAGGCUAGGGAUACAGCUGAGUGUUUUACUCAAAGUGGUGCACAAUGUUGGUACAGAAGACAAAGAGGUUUUUCGUAUCACUGCCCCCUAUGUAGCUAAAAAGGGCUACGGGUUCACAAAAAUUGAAAACCUGAAAAGCUUGGGGAAGUACACAUUGACUCUAAAUACUGUGUUAAAUGAAAACGAUGCCACAUUCUAUGGCGGAAGAGAGCUUCCAAGCUACAAGCACGAGUUUACAAUCAAAGAGGGAAAUGCAGAGAGCUUUACCUUUGGUGAGUUGCGUACCUCUCAGCGUGUGGGUGUGCCAUUUAAUAUUCCUCUGCAGAUGGAAGACUGUUAUGGCCACCACACAAAACCUCCUCCUGAAAUCCAAUGUGUUAUUCGAUGCAGUCAUCUGGAACUGAAUUAUGAAACAACCGCUUGCAGUGGGAACUUGUUAACCAUCAAAGGUGUUAAACUCAAGGGGAAACUCCCAAAUUAUCCCCAAUCCAAGAAUUAUGACCUGAAAGUGACGCUGCCUGGGCUUAAAAAAGAUACACAGACUGUCAAGAUCACUGUUAAUUCUGGUAAUCCAUACUCACUUUUUGUGAAAUCAAAAACACCCCCCGUGGAAGUGGAGAAUGGAAACCCAGUCAGUUUUAAGAUUGAAGUCCAUGAUGAAGCCGGAAACAUCACCGCCAACCCCAAACAGAAAGUCCGCUGCCAGAUUUCUGGGCUGCCAUCAAUGAUGAAAGACUGCAGCACAGGAAAAGUCAAUCUUGAGACAAAGCCCAUAAAUCUGAAAAUUGUCAAUGGAGAGUCGCAACAGCUGAAAGCUACAUUUGACAUGCCAAGUCAGAAGCAGGUUCCACAAGUCACUACAGAGCUGAUAGUCAUCCCCAGCAAUCGGAUCUCUCGGAUGGAGCUCUUCUGUAAGGCAGAGGAAAACCUGGUGUUUAGAAACAAUGAAAAAAUAGAUUGGCAAGCUGGAGGGGUGCUGGAGAACCUGUUUUACAAGCUGUAUAACGAGGCUGGAAGAGAGGUCCAAAUUACUGGUGAAAUUGCCUCUAAUAUUGAGGUUACGUGGAGAAGAGACAUUGAUCAGAGAGGUUUGGUAACAGGCAGGCUACCAGAUCUACAGGUUCCGACUCAUGUGCACGAAGAGCACUUCUACCAGGUCUCCUACCAGGACAAGAAUGUGUCUUGCUGCUUCAUAGUUGUACCUUGCCCAGGUGAACCAGUACGGCUAAAAGCAACUCUAGCUCAAAGCACAGUGAAGCUUGGUGAAAUCUUACCUGGACACAUCAAGUUGGUAUUUGUGGACAGAUAUGAUAAUGUAACCAAGAAGCUGACCGCCACCUGUGUGAAAUCCUUUUCUGUGGAAGCUGAGGGUCUUGACAAACCAAACAUCAACUUCACAUGGAUGGAGAGCACCAGUUCUUAUGCGGUGACGGGCGUCCGUUUCCACUCGGGGUCUCUUGGGUCCAGAGUGAUUUGCUUCAGCUACAGAGACUUUGCAGAAAAUGUUGUCCUUAAAGUGACACCAGGAGUGCCUUCCCAGCUUAAACUGGUCAGCGGCCCAGAGCAGCCCUUACAAGUUUUGAAUGGUCACGGUAUUCCAACACCAUUCCUGGUCCAGCUGUGUGAUGAGUGGGGAAAUCCUUCUCCAGACCAGAACAUGACUGUUGAGAUAAGAUCUUCACCCUUGACACUAAAGGUUACUGACGACAGUCCACUGCCUGUGGAUGCAGAAGGGAAAGCCUGUGUCGUGGUUAAUAAUGUAGAAGGAUCAAAGGGGUACUACGUGCUGGAGUUUAAAGGUUCUUUAAAUGGCAAAUCCAUCCCUGGUCCAUCAGUGAACCUCACUCUCCUCCCUGAUCCAAACAAACCUAUAAGACUCUCAGUGUACUAUGAUACGAGUGCCAGGCUUCCUGCUGGGGGAAAAUUUCCAGUUUUCUCUGUGACAGUGCUUUCUGAAGACGAGAGUCCGAUAACAACUUUAAACCCUGCAGACCUGUCCAUGGUGCUGUGUGAGAGAGUGUCAUCAACCCUUCCUGAAACAGUCGCUGGGCUAAAAUGCUGUAAACCUAUUAAAGAUGAGAGGAAGGACUGUUAUCAAUUUAGAGAAGAAGCAAUCCCAGCACGUGUCGGGGAGUACACUAUAGAGUUUUCUUUACAAACUGACAAAACAGAAGACCAGCUCAGGAAUCAGAUCAGUGUAAAUGUUGUGGCCAAUGAACCCAUCAAACUGGAACCCGACUAUCAGCCACAAACUCCAAUUGUUUUCUACUGUACCGACAUCGCCAAUCGAAUUUUGGUAGAAAACAUGACUUUGAAGAUAACGGAUCAAUUUGGUAAUCCAGCAGGGCAGGACCUGAACGGUAAGGUGUUCAUCUCAAUAAAGAGUCCCAAAGUUGAAAGAAACAGAAGUGUCCCUCUGUUUGAAGGAAAAACCAGUACCAAAGAAAUUAGCUUAAAAGAAGGAAAUGUCCACAUCGAUAGUUUAGUGAUCAUGGAGAACAGUCCUGGUGAGAAUGGAAGCAGAUAUAUUCUCCUCUUCCGGCCUGAAGUGACGUUGCCUCCCACAUCUCUGAGUACUUUUGAGCUGCCCUUCCAUUUUUACAAUGAUGCUGAGAACCAGCAAAAAACAUUUGAACUGAUGAAGAAGAAGGAUGAGCUGAAUGAUGCUUUUAAAAGAUGCAAUAAAAUAAUUGAUUCAAUAUCCAAACAAAGGGAUUUGCUGGAAAAUGAAGUCAAAGACACAACUGAAAAAGAGCUUUCACUCAGAAAUGAGCUGAACAGAAGAGGCGUAAAAAUAGAACAUCCAAUAUCAAUCACACAUAUUCAGGAAUGUCAAAAAAAGAAGACAUCUGAGGUGGAAAGAAUAGAGAAAAUUCGCAGAGUCUGUUCCAUUUCUAACAGUUUCAGCGGGCCGGAUGUUCUUGGAAUGGUUGGCCAGCUGGCACUUGUUGCUGAUGAUGAUGCUGCAUGGGUCAUCUCCUGGCACCUGCAGGGAGACAUGGACUGCCUCGUCACCACAACAACAGCAGCAGCUCAGAAAAUCUACAACGAUACAGGGGACAAUCAGCAGGUCAUGCCCCUCGAUGGUAUUCUCGUGCAAAGGGGAAACCGACCCCUGCCACACAUAAGAAACAGCCAAGAACUUUUUAAUCCUCCUGGGAACCCAAUCUUUGCCAAGGACCUGCUGAUUUAUCCCCACAAACAACAGAGUUGUGACUACGAUAAACUGGGAAAAGUGUUUAAAAACCUCCUUGGUGACACGAUUCUGAUGGAUGACUUGAACUCGGCAACCUACUACAGAAAGGCGGUUGUGGAGAGGGACAUACAGUGUCCCACCAUCCUGACCCGGAAGGGGGAAAUGGUCAGUGCCAAGGGCAAAUUUGGAGGUGCACAGAACAGAGCGCCAUCUGUUGACAAGUUAAAAGUGUUUGGAGCUCCUCUACCGCAACACUACAACAUACUGAAGGAAGAAAUAGAUUUGGUUUGUCGGUACCGUACAGCAGUGGAAGAAAAAGAAAAAGUAGAAAAGGACUUUAAGGACCGCCGAGUGAAAUGGUUCGAUGAACUGCUCCAAAACAAUUUAAAGAAGGAUGAGAUUACAAAGAAGCUACAAGAGAUUGAGAGAGAACUGGCAUCAGCAUCAGUGAGACCAGGGAAAAGAGCUUCUGGAAACUCUGAGGAGUCACCUGGCAUUGCUAUAAAACGUGCAAGGAAAUCCAUGGAAAAUCCAGAAAUGUUUUAGCUUAACUCUUUUUAUUUGUUUUAAUUUGUUUUAUUUCUAUAAUGAACUAGUUUUUUUUAGUGUUAUGAUUGUAAAAACAAAUCUGCAGUAAAUCAGCCUAAAGAGGCUCCUUCCUGCUCUAUUUUUUCGGACUUGUUUAGGUUUUCUGUAUGAUUCCUAACAACAGUCAUUCAUACAUUUUCUUUGCCAUAUAUUGGAAGUUCCGUCUGCAAGGUGUUCUUUUUUUCAAUCUCUGAAAUACGACGUUUAUUUUUGUCAUUGAUACUUUGUGUAUUGAGUUUGCCUUUCUUAUGCUUAAUUUGAUUGUGUUUAAAAUUCUUAAAUACAUUCUUUUUUAUUAUUCAUUAAAUCAGACACGCCACGUU